ACGGUCCUGCUGUCUCUUUAAAGAAAGUUCUGGCCUCACAAAGAAGUCUGCAAACAUCAUGGACCUGCGGGAGCUGGCUGCGGGUGCGCUGGCCCAGAACAGGAGAGCGGCUCUGCUGCUCGGAACCGGAGCCGCGCUCCUGGGUCUCGUGCUCGUGUACAAACACACGCGGAAGAUGGACAAAAGCGUGCGCGUGGGCGUAGUGUCGCAGAUCUUCAUCCACCCCCUGAAGUCCGGCAGAGCGCGGCCUGUGGCGCUCGCGGAGUGUCAGAAAAUGUGCAUGAAAAGCGGCGAGAUGUUGGAUCGACACUGGAUGGUUGUGACUGAGGACGGUCACAUGGUCACGGGCCGGCAGGAGCCCCGUCUGGUUUUGGUGUCUUUGACCUGUGAAGGAGGUCAAGUCAGUCUGAACGGGCCGGACAUGGAGGAGCUGAAGUUCCCCGUCCAUCAGCUGGACAAUCCUGUUAUGGACUGCAGGUUGUUCGGCACCGACGUUCAGGGCCGGGACUGCGGCGACGCGGCGUCUGACUGGCUUGGGCGCUUUUUAAAUGCAGAGAAACGCUUUCGCUUGGUCCAUUUUGAGCCUCAGCUGAAGGCCAGGAGACCUGCAGACAGCGAGCCUCUCUUCCCUAAAGACGAGGUGGUGGCGUACCCGGAUUACGGGCCUGUGAUGCUGCUGUCUGAGGCCUCUAUUCAGGAUCUGAACAGCAGGGUGGGGAAGGAGUUGAAGCCAGAGCAAUUCCGCCCAAACAUCGUGAUCAGCGGCUGCAAGGCCUUCGAUGAGGACUCGUGGGAGGAGAUCCAGGUGGGUGGUGUGAGGCUGCAGCGGGUGAUGUCAUGUGGAAGGUGCCUCUUCACCACAGUUGAUCCAGAAACAGGUGUGAUCAACAGGAAGGAGCCUCUGGAAACGCUGAAGAGCUAUCGCCUGUGCCAGCCGGAGGAGCAGCACAUCUACAAGAAGUCUCCUCUGUUUGGCCAGCUGCACACCGUGAAGAGAGCCGGGGUGCUUCAGGUCGGCGACGUCGUUUAUAAAAUCGUCCGCUGACCGUGUGAGGAGGAAGACCUGAUCGGAGCGCAAGAGGAGGCGAUCUGCUCCAGCAUGAGAAGUAAACGUGAUUCUUAAGGGCUAAGAUGAACCGACCUUUGGAGAAUUUCAAAAUAAAACUUUGAUCAUUCCUACUUUUAUGUCUUUAAUGUCCAAUCAAACAUCUUCUGUCUGAAUCACUGACUGUAUAUGAGAACUGGACUGAGUGAGUGACCGGGUGGGACGUCAUCUAUAGAAAAUGGUUAACUUCCAGCUCCAACCACAUGAAGUAAAUUCAAUCAUUCACUGGCGCCAUGUUGGAGACAGUAAGACUGAUUGGUCCAAAUUGGUCUGAGUCAUUUGGCGUGUUUGAGAUGAAACCGCGCCUCUCCUAGAUCAUCUGUGAGACCAGGUGGCUGCAGGUGGGGGCUGCUAUUAUAACACAUACAGAAAAUACUUUAUUUUUUGGGCAAAAUUUGUUUAAACGCGACACAUUGUCAUCUAUAUCCUCCAAUCUAGUGAGCAACGAUGCACAUCGGUUUUACGCAAAGUCUUCUGGGAAAUUUCUAUGACACCCAAUUUUGGAAUUGUGAAUUCAGACAGCACAACAAAAAUGCACUAUAUAGUCUAGUGAGUAGUGAAGGAAUUCAGACAGGCAAUAUUUCAUUCGUUUCUUUUGUUUUUUCUGGUACUUUUUGUUCAUUUUGGCUUGCCGUACUUAAAUGAUUUGUUAUGUGAGGCUCGAUUACAUUAUUGUCAUUAUAAAUCUAUGGAGUAAAAAAUAUCUGAAUGUGUUAUGUAAAAAAAUGUUCUCCAAACAGCCUUAAUAAACUUGAUAAAUGAAAAUAA